AUGAGGCAUUAUCAUCCUGGUGGUGAUACAGCAUGUGCUCUUUUUUGGUAUUACGAUUUCGUACCGCAGCGGUAUCUGAUGCCGAUUGCGCCUAUCGAUAAAGUGUGGGACAGCGCGAUAUCCGCACACAUGAAUUUCGGUCCUCGCUUCGUCGCGAACAUUACUCGUUUUGUAGAGUAUAGUUUUGCUGGAAAAGAUCCUAAUCAUUAUCCUGUUCUUUACUGCUCCUGUAGCACUAUAUAUCUCCGUAUGCCUGAACAGUCUGCUUCAUACAGUGAGGCACUGAGUCGAAGGCUUCGGAUGCGGAUCAACUCUGCUGAUAAGUCUGUGACACUUACACUCUCCACUGAAGCUCAGAGCCGGGUCAAGCUUACAUUACCAUACCGGAGCCAAAGGAGGGGUGGCAUGGGGAAGGGGCACUUCCUUCCUAGUUGGGAUGACGGACACCUCCGUAGCUCAGUCAAGACUUCCGUGCCUCAGACAGAUGCAGGUUGGCUGGCUAAGCUGGUCAAAUACCAUACAUACAUACAUAAAUACAUACGGUAUGGUAACCGUGACCAGCGCUUCGGGAAUGCCGGUGGAACCCCUCCAUUCUUGAGGGGGUUGCGACAGCUUGCAGCAGCAUAA